GAUGAGCAUGAAGGAAGUUUCUAUGCAUUGGAGUGGACUCUCAAGAAUCUGCACGACUCAAUCAUCAAAUUCCAACCUGGUGAUUUUCACUGCGCAGCCCUCAUCUGAGUAUAGCUAUAUCCAUGCUGUCGAACCUCCAGAGGUGGGGAGAGAAGUUCAAGAGGAUCAAAAGAAGACUGCUGCUUCCUUGUUGGAGAAUGCCCGGGAGAUUUGCAUCAGGCAUGGGAUAACUCCAGAAACAAUUACAGACGUUGGAGAUCCAAAAGAUGCAAUACGAGAGGAGGCAGUGGAACGGCUAAAUAUUCAACUGCUUGUGGUAGGCAGCCAUGGUAGAGGUGCUCUGAAGAGGGCUUUUCUUGGGAGUGUUAGCAAUUACUGCGUUCACAAUAUGAAGUGCCCGGUUCUUGUAGUGAAGAAACCUUGAGCUAUAGUACUAAAGCUGCAGUUUAGUUUUGCAGAAGUUUAGAAAG